GUUUAUCCGCUAUUUAUAAAGACAGAGCCACAUGUAAUUAUAAUUCACAUAAGCAUUAAAAAUUGUUAUUAAUUAUUUGCGGUUGUUUUUAAGGUUUCGUAUUCAAAUGCAUGGAGCCAUAUGCAGUCGUUGAGGACCGCUGAUUUCGCUGUGUGCACUACCCCAACAACAACCCGUGCGGUGAUGGCGAGGAAACCCCGUUGACAAGGCACUGCUUUUUCAUGACGGUGAGUUUCCCUUUGAGUGUAUUAUAAUUUUGUGAUAAAAAUUUCAAGGAAAAAACACACACAACCUCCUUCCUCCCUUCCUUCAGGGAGGGAAGAGAGUUUGAGCGGAGAGAAAAAUCUAUCCGAGACAGAGCAGGGACAGUGAGAAAAAUAUAUGAGUGGGAGAGGGAGAAGGAGGAGGAGGAGAAGGAGGGGGGGAGCAAAUUAAAAGUUGCCAAAUGGAGAUAUUGGGUUUCAAGAAGGAGUGAGACAGGAGUAAAAGGGUUUGCCUCUUUUUGAGUCGUCUUUAUGUUAUGCUAAUCGGGAUAAAUAUUUAUGGCUCGACGCGGUUUUAGCCCUUUUCGACGGAUUCUGGCUUUCAAAAUAGGCGUCGUCAUCGACGCCGCGGCUAGCUAACCAGCGCAGGCCGAUAUUUAAAGUUAAAAAUGUGGCGGAGCCGCUGAGUUAAAGACCCGAGCAGGACACGGACUGAGGACAAAAGUCCCGGGUUGAAACGCGUCGAUUCGGCUAUAUCGAGGCAAAAUGUGACGUUUUUCAUGCUGGCAGACGAGCCACAUAGAGGACAAAUGAAAGCCUUCCCCAACAGAGAAAGAAAGAGCACGUCAGCGACGACGGGCGUUUUGUGCUGCUUGAAUGCGAUUAUCACUCUCUGUCGAUUCAGUCUAUUUUUGGAAAUAAAACUUGCAAGCUGUACAUUAGCCGUGUUUUUGUGCGGCUUUAACGGCGGGGACUAGCCGUGGAUUUGCGUCGAAGCGCACGUGCUGUCCUGGAUUUGCUGGUGGUUGUGAAUUUGAGCUCGAAAUUAGGCAAAAAAUGCAACAAGAAAUGCGCCAGAAAUAUGCCAGUUUGAUCAAAACUGGCAUUAAAGAUGCAAAUCUGGCGAUAUCGAGCUAGAUCACAUUUUUUUAAAGGUUAUUAUUCUGGCCAGCAUAAACAGCUCGGUCAUUUCAUUUUAAAUGUAGCUAACAUUACAAUUUGAGGUGAACGCUUGUAAACGUUAACUUUUUGCACCUUGGAUUUAAUUGGAUAAUAUAGAUUUUUACAGCCCGUAUUUGAUGCCUUUUUUUGUGAAGUGUUUAUGGCUUAGUUUCCGUUGUUUUUGUCUCGGAAUCUCGACAUGGUUUUCUGUAACAAGUUUCGAAGGAUAAAGGACACUCGUUUGCUCGACGAGAAAAUGUCGUGUUAUUUGCUGUGGACACACACAAAAAACAACCGUGAUUUUCCAGCGAUUUCAAUCGCUCAUGCGGUCGUUGUUUUUGCUUUAAACUCCAAACACGGUCCGUGUAAACGGCCUAAUUUGUGCAGCAGCCCUGUCCUGUCUUUGUUCUCGCUCAACCAAAGAUGGAGGCUCAACGUGGCUCUGCUGUAAAGACAGCCUAUGGCAUGGUAACAGCCAUUUUGUAGAGUUGCAGUCGCCUUUCAUGGGAAAACAAAACCUACAUUUCCCCAGUCACCUGCAAACACACACACACACACACACAGCAAAAUAAAAUUGUAUGUGAUACAACCAUUUUAUUCACAUGCUCUAUUAGUGAUUACAUGAGUUUUUUUUUUUAUUAUUAUGUGAUACAGUAAAUAAAGCAGCCACAACCAUUUACUUACAGAUAUUGAAUCUUUUAAGUGCCAUUAAAAAAAACAACAACCCCUAAACCCCCUAUUAUUAAGUAGCACCAAGCUGACUGACUGACACAACAUAAAGCCAAUACCUCUUUCAAUGGAGAGAUGAAACCCAGAACAUCAACCAGAACUAUAAUGUAUAAAUGUUGCAGGGUGGGGUUAUUUACACUCAAAUACUCUUUUUCACUCUGCACACUGGAAAGACAACCAAUGUGGGACAGCAGAGAAGCUUUAUGGGUGGGAGUUUGUCAUAGCUAAGCAUUUGUAGGAGGGGAUGAAGGCCAUUCUGUCCUUAUGUACUGAAUAGCAAAUAUGUACCCCCCCCCCUCCCAACUUCCUGUCCACACCCCUGUUUCACACUUGAACCAUUCUUUUAUCUAGCACCUGCCUGCACUGUCUUACGCCCCUUAUCAGACAUACAUGUCCAGUUAUGUAGUUCUACUAAAUGAAGUUUCUCACUCUGCAGCCCAGCCUUUUGCAGGAAAGAAAGGGUGUUAAAUGACUGAGCCCAUGCUUCCUGCUGGAAACCUGUGAGUGAAAUGUCUAAAAACAUGCCAGCCAUUUAGAGCUCAAGCACUUCUACUUUAGAGUAAAACAAAAACAAGUUUUUUUUACUCCACUGUUCAGUGAUUAGACCUUAGCGUGUCCCAUGUCCUCAUCUGAUGGCCUUCCAUACUCUUUCAGGUGUCAUGGAUGAUGAUGACGAUCGCCGUCUUCUGGAUAUUUUAGGAGAUGUAGAUGCGUUGAAUGACUAUCUCCAUGGCAGCAACAGCAAGUCUAUUGAGGAGGAUGAUGUAACAAACGCAGCUUAUGGGUCUGAUGGAUCCCUCUUUGGUAACGACACCACUGGCUCCAACACUGGCCUCAAAGAUGGUUCUUCUACAAUGGGUGAAUUUGGCGAGGAUUCGACCGGGGCAGGCCUCCAACUCUCUAGCAGUCUCUCGUUUAUUGAGGAUGAACUGGGGCCUGAAACCUCCCCUGGAGGGGUGGAUCUCGGGGGAGAGGACCAGCCCUUUGACAUCCUUCAGAAAUCUCUCUUGGAAGCUGAUAUCACUGAGCAAACGCUGGCCCAGGAAGCCUUACUGGACUCGCAGCCUGCUCCCACUCUAGUGCAAGCUCCUGUUCCCUUCUCCUCCCCGCUGGUCUCGGGGAACUAUGGAGGCGGGGUAGGUGUGGUAACGACUGCAACUGCUACGUUCUCUGCAGGCCAGUUUUUGCAAGGCAUGCCGUCACUGCCUAAUGGUUCUGGUCAGCCAAUCCAGGUGUUGGGUUCUUUUGGUGCAGGUGGCGGAGUGAUGACUUUGAGUAGCUUAGAAAGAUCACCACAGAUCGUGCUAAGGCCAGGUGUUUCUGUAGCUCCAACAGGGACAACAACAGGGGGGCAGGUGUUUGCUCCCACCCAAGGCCAAGUUGGCUUACCUUUCAAAAACAUCCCGCUUCAAAAUAUCAUCAUACAGAGAGGCCCAGGAGGGACCCAGACUGUUGUCAGACCAAUCCAGCCUAAACCCCUCCAACCGGGGUCUCAGACUGUCUACAGCCUUGGUCUUCAGCCCACUCCCACCACCGUGACUAAUGUAGUGAACACUAAUACUGCUGCUCCUGCAGGACAGUACACACCUAAUGGCUCCAUUGUAGUACAACCACCCCUGGAGCAGCAACAAGCAUCUACACUGACAAAUAUAUCAGCCGGACAGUUCUUGCUACCCAGCUCCUUGGCUCUCACUUCAUCUAGCACCAUCCACAACGGGCCCAUCAACCCCAACUCAAAUCCCCUAAUUACCAGUCAAAACACAGUGCAGAUUGUUGCAGCGCAGAACUUCAAUGCACCAACAGCUGGUCCACUAAUUUUGAAUCAGGGAGUAGUAAGCGGGAAUCAGGUUGGAGGAGGUGUAACUCAGAUGUGGACGGGAGUUUCUUGUGCGAGCUCCACCUCCGUGCAGACACCAUGCGCUCCUGGACGUCUGACUCUGGUUGGCCCGGCUACAACAGGGAUCUGCAAUCAGAGCCAAGCGUCGGCUACUCCCGUGCAACGCCUUCUAGUGACUCCAUCCCAGAACUGUACUUCUCUGUCCCCUUUACCUGGUAAUGUGACACAGCAACAAGACUACAGACAGAAUUCUUCAUCACCUGCCCUCAAACAAGCACAUGCCAGCAGCAUCCACGCAAUCAAACCCAUGGUACAGGAUUCAAUACUAAACUCUGAGGUCAGUGCACAGAAGAGGCCUCUGCUUCCUACGCUUACAAAAGGAGAAAUGAUUUUACAGCAGGUGAGGAAGGAUCAUGUUGCAGUUCAGACCCCAGAUCGACGUCGAUUCACUUCAGUUGAUGACGCACUCCUGAGACUUAUCCCGUACCACGUGUUCCAGGGGGCUCCACCCAGCCCGGACGAGUUCUCCCAGGUGGAUGAGGAAUUUGAAGCAGCUGCAACUCAGGUGCUGAUGAGGACACAGGGGAUGGUAAACAAAUACAGGCGACUACUGAUGGUGGAAGCUGAGCGUUUCAGUCCGUCCUCAGAAAUGGUGAUGAUCGACAGGACUUUCAACCAAGAGGAGCGCAGCACCUUGAUACAAGACAAACGCAUGGUACUAGUGGACCCAGACAGUUUCUUGGAGGAGUUCUGUUGUGGGACGAAAUCCAAACUUUUCCAAGCCCCUUCCCCGCCUCAGCCUAUAUCCAGCUAUAAAUGGAAUGAGUCAGAACAAGGCUCUAUGGAGCCACCAUACAGAACAGACUCCCAGCCUGGUUAUGAAGACCCAGGAGGGAGUGAGCCUGUAGGACCUGGCUCAACAGAGAGACUUCAUCCACCACACUUCGAAAGCAAGAACGUGCUGGAAAUGAAGAGAUCCCAGCAACUCUACGGACCCAGCGGCAUCAGCAACAACAGCCUGAUUGCUGCCAAUAGUUGCCCCCAUAAUAAACCCUCACCUUUCCCAGCAUUGUCAGGAGGCCCGACAAACUACCAGGUGUCUCACCACCCUGUGCAGCCUCCAUAUACCCCUCAGCUCACCUCACCCCCUCACCCUGACACAGAUUCUGCUCUUGAGGCAGCAGUCAACAGCAUCCUGGAAUGUUAAGAUGUAUAAACCAUAUUACACCCAAUGUAUGGUUUCUACUUCUUUUUUGUAUGUGCAUUUCUUUUUCUUUAUGUCCCCUGUGUGAAGAGAGGCUAACUCUUCUUUCAGGUCUGUGUUCUUAGUGGUACACAGCCAUGUAGCAUGUACGUAGUUUGCCUUGGGUUAUUUUAGGGGGAUUUUAUGUUGAAGUCAGUUAGUCUGUAAAGGUGUUACGUGAACACAUGCACUUACAGUUACCUAUAAAGACCCGGGAAUGUGUGCAAUGCAAUGUACUAACAGAUGCAAAAUGUUCUUUUGUUUAUUUUACAGUGGUAGGGUUUGCGACUGAAUGCAAGAGUGUCCCUCUCUUCACACACUAGUUAAUACUUUUUGCCAGUUUAUUGUUUAUUCCCCACCCCACUACCUAUGCCGAACAAGAGAGAUGAGGAGGAGGGACUCUGUGCCUAAUUGUAGGUUUUUAUAUGGAAGUGUUUACAUGAAGAAGCUCUAAAUAUCAGAAAAUCCAUUUAUUUCUGUUCUUUCUACAUCUAAGCACCAAACAGUUGCUUUUGUACAAGUAGUUCAUGGUUGAGAGGUGUAGAUCUCCUCACAUCUAAGCUCAGUAGAGAUACCUUCAAACAGGCAAGUUGCACUAAACAUACUGUGGCCUAUUUCAGGAACUAUAUAAACACAAGGCUUUAGUCAAUAUGCGGUGUAUGCUGGGCUGAACUGGAUGGACACGUCAAAGAGAACCAAAAUCUUUUUGCCUGCUUUUGUGUUUUUGGCUGCCUGUAACAAGGACAACCUCUUAAUCACACUAGAAGCCAGUUAAACUAGUCCCAUUGACACAUAUGGUAGUGUUACAAUGCUUUUUUUGUGCUUAAGUCACCUUUUUCAUUUUCUUUUGUACCUUAAAGGUAUGCAAGUCCCGACACAGACACAGGACAUAUCUGUAGAUCUCUGCCACCUUCAUCAUUUCACAGUGAGUUUGUGUCUGUGGAGCUACGUCCUCAGAUUGAGGAAGAGAUGUUAAAUUUUCUGAACUUUUUUUUUCUUUUAAAUGACAUUGAAAGAAACAGGACUGUUUUUGUUUGUUGUUAUGUGUUCCCCAGCGUUGAGAACGUGACAAUACUGUCAGCAGUUUAAAUGACCCAGGAGGGUCAUUGAUUGUAUGUAUGUUUGUUUGCCUUUUGCAUAUAAUUAUAUAUGAAUCAUAUCUUUCUCUCUAUGCUUUACUACCCUGACACGUCAAUGUGUGUGUGUGUAUGUGUGUUAAUUGGCAACCAUACACACUGAUUUCCUGUAGUUUGGUAGUGUGAUUGCGAUACUUUUGACUUUAUUGCCAAGCGUUUUCUUAGUUCCCUGGGAUAGUUUUCUCACACUUUCGCUCUUUUCCUUCUCAGCAGCACAACCAAAAUUAUUAGGAGAGACUGUGGUCUCAUCCAGAAUCCCCGUCAUUUGUCUCACCAGCUCUGUGGCUAAUUAUUUAAAAAAAACCUGUAGUGUUUCCUCUGAACUCAGAAUGAUUAUGUUUUUGUUUUAUUAAACCAAGACUUAAAAGUCCUAAAUAAUGUCCCUCUACUUCUGUUUUUGCAACAACACAAAAGCCCUGAUUAAAUGCUCUCAGGGUUGAUUCUGGACAGCACCACCUUUCUCCUAUGAGCAUGUAUGUGAAAUAUGCUUGCUAAUAGACCACACAAACAGACUGAAGGCCUUUCAUAUGGGAUGAUAGAAGACCCUUUUUUAAUUUAAGUGCCAGUGGCCAUGGCAGCCUGCCUGCAUCUCUGCCUCAGCUCUUGCAGACCUCUUCUUUCCGAGAAAAACUGGGCUGUUUGCUUUGAAAGCAAAUCUCAAAUGACAAGUGAGGGUCAAGUGAGAUUUUGCAUUUGCUCCUCCAAGCGACUGCUGCAAGAUUUUGUGCCUCUAUAGCACUUAUAUCUACAAGGAUGUUCACUUUAGACUUUCAAAAUAGGGACAUACCCAGUGUUUGUAAACUAUUGUGUUAUCAGAAUGCAUAUCAUGGUCUUGAGAGCCUGGUAGGAACAAACUGUGCUUUUUCUCCCCUAUCAUCAUCAUUUUUUUUCUUUUUUUUUUGUGCAGAGAUGCGUUUUCUGCCUUCAUUUUCAUUGUCCCAUUUGAUUUGUAUAGUUUGUUGUUUUGUAUAAAAAAAGUUAGACACAAAAUAUUUAUAAUUUUUGUACGAAGAAAAA